UGUCUCCUCCCGGGGCGCCAUGGCGGCUCUGGCCAGUAGCCUGAUCCGGCAGAAGCGGGAGGUCCGCGAGCCCGGGGGCAGCCGGCCCGUGUCGGCGCAGCGACGCGUGUGUCCCCGCGGCACCAAGUCCCUUUGCCAGAAGCAGCUCCUCAUCUUGCUGUCCAAGGUGCGACUGUGCGGGGGGCGGCCCGCGCGGCCGGACGGUGGCCCUGAGCCUCAGCUCAAAGGCAUCGUCACCAAACUGUUCUGCCGCCAAGGUUUCUACCUCCAGGCGAAUCCUGAUGGGAGCAUUCAGGGGACCCCAGAGGACACCAGCUCCUUCACCCACUUCAACCUGAUCCCUGUGGGGCUCCGUGUGGUCACCAUCCAGAGUGCCAAGCUGGGUCACUACAUGGCCAUGAAUGCGGAGGGGCUGCUGUACAGCUCGCCACAUUUCACAGCUGAGUGUCGCUUUAAGGAAUGUGUCUUCGAGAACUACUACGUUCUGUAUGCCUCCGCGCUCUACCGCCAGCGCCGCUCUGGCCGGGCCUGGUACCUGGGCCUGGACAAGGAGGGCCGAGUCAUGAAGGGAAAUCGAGUCAAGAAAACCAAGGCAGCUGCCCACUUUGUGCCCAAGCUCCUGGAGGUGGCCAUGUACCGGGAGCCUUCUCUCCACAGUGUCCCUGAGACCUCCCCUUCCAGUCCCCCUGCCCCCUGAAUUGUAGUCCAUGGACUGGAGGCUCCCUGCCCUUGCACGGAGCCGGCCACUCUCACAGCCUGUCCUCUAGCCCUGCUCCUGGCCCUGCCCCAACCCCUGCCGCCAUACUCAUGCCCUGAGCAGCCAAGUCCCAGCGGGUGCUCUAUCCUAAGGGAGCCGAGGGGCUGGCUGUGACUCCCCGCCAUCCCUGACCCCAGGCUUCCAGCUCCUGGGAGGAGUUCAGAGAGGGGGAUUCUGAAAAUGGUCCUGGGUGAUCACUUCUUUCCUUCCACACAGCCCCUCAAAGCCUUUUCCCAAGAAGGCCCAAGGGGGGAUCCAAAGCCGAGAGAAUAGCACCCCGGGCUCAGUAAAUUCCUAGAGCCCUAUGCCCUCUUCAUUGCCACUGAGCCAUAGAUUUAUAGGUCCACGGGAGCUCAGGAUCAGUUUCCUUUUUGCCCAACUCCACCUCCUGCCUUGUUCUGGAUGGGUUCUGGAACACCAGGCACCCUGGCCAGGGCCCUUUUUGCACUAAGGCUCUGUGCUGGAAUGCUGGCAUGCUGCCAGGCUCUGCUCUGGAUCCAGCAGGCUUCUGUCCUUGACCCAGAUGGACCCCUGGUUUCCAGGUAGAGGGAGUCUAGAUUUGAGUCCUGUCCAGCUGCUGGCCUUGGCCUGAACUAGGACCAGUCUCAGAUCACCACAGUUUUAACUUUCUUAUCCCAAAGACACCCAAUUCUAGAGCAUGGGUUUCUAGAUGCACAUGGAGCCAUACGUCCUUCUGAAUCUCAGCUCUAGGACAUAGACCACGACUCUCAGCCCUUCCCUCCAGCAUGGAACCGGGGCCUAUACAGCCAUAUUAGUGCUCAUAGAGACCCACCCUCCUACCUUCUCUAGUAACGCCUAUCACAGGUGAGCUCCAGAAAGAACCCAGCUCUGAUUCACCAAGAACUUUGUUGAUGACUCAAGAAACACUUCUGGUUUUUCCUAGACUUUCUAAAAAUCCGAUUCUUCCUAUAGAACACUAACCUUGUUUUUACAUGCCGUUUCCAGCUCGGGCAGCUCAGCUGGGGUCCUGCCAGGGAAUGGGAGUCUGAGGAAGGGCAGAGGAGUGUGGGAAGGAAUCUUCGCCCAUAGCAGGGAAGCUGGGAUGGCCAAGGGGCCAAAACCGUGGCAUUAUUUUGGCUGUGCCUGGGUUGGGGGCACGUGAACACUUAGCUACCUCAGCAGGAAUUCCUUCCAGAUCCCCUUUAAAGCUGAGGUCUCUAAGGUAAUGGAUCUAGAAUGAAAAGAACAAACAGGACACAGCGUUGCUCCCCAGUGCAGGACCUCAAUUCAGCAAUAAGUUCUGCCCCUCUCCCCUACAAGUCAGGCCAAGGAUGGUGAGGGCCCCUUGGGCUCUGAGACCUCACAUAACCCCAGAGCUUCUAACUUAAUAGAACUUGCUUUACCUUACAGCUUAUAACUUCAGCUAAGUUUUAGGUACCCAAAAAGGGCCUGACAAGAUUUUUCUGAAAAGCGUGGAGAGCUAGGGGCAGGCCUGAAAAAUAUCGGGAGCCCACCAGUGAACUAGGAGGGGGACUCCGAGUAGCCUCAGACCCGGGGAGACCCUAAAGGGCGGGGCUCUAUUUCUCGCUUGUUGCAAGAGGGAUACAUACUCCCCUGGCCCGCAAGACCCCCGCUCAGGAUCAACCCAUCUCCUGGCUGCUCCCAGGGGACGGGGUCUUCACUCCAUGCUUUCUCAAUUAAAGAAGAUUUAUACAA